UCAAUUCAAUUGACAAAAAAUGUAUUUAAAAUUUGAUUUUCAUUCACAUAUUUUACCCGAAAAUUGGCCCAAUUUGGCACAAAGAUGUGGUUAUACGGGUUGGAUAAGUAUGAAACACACGGACGACGGCAAAGCUCUUAUGAUGAAAGAUGACGGCACUGUCUUCCGUCCCGUUGACCAUAAGGUUUGGUCCACUUCUGUGCGUCUAAAGGAUAUGGAAGAUACGGGAGUGACGGUUCAAGUCCUGUCAACAGUGCCCGUAAUGUUUAGCUAUUGGGCCAAACCUAACGAUACGGCAUAUUUGUGUAGAUUGUUAAACAAUCAUCUAGCUUCUGUAGUGAGAAGCAAUCCGACCAAGUUUGUCGGGUUGGGCACAAUUCCAAUGCAAUCGCCUAUUCAUGCCGUCGAGGAAAUGAAAAGAUGUAAAAUGGAUUUGAAAUUAAAUGGUCUCAUAAUUGGCAGUCAUGUCAAUGAGUUAGGUCUCGACGAUCCAAUGUUUUACCCCAUUUGGAAAGCGGCCGAAGAGUUAGAUUUUCCACUUUUCCUCCAUCCCUGGGAUAUGCAAAUGAGUGGCCGUUUCUCUAAAUACUGGUUGCCAUACAUCGUGGGAAUGCCAGCCGAGACUUCCGGAGCCGUACUGGCGAUGAUAUUCAGCGGUGUUUUGGAGCGGUUUCCUAAACUGCGGAUAGCGUUAGCCCACGGGUCAGGAAUGUUGCCCUAUAUUAUCGGUCGCGCAGAGCAUGGCUUUCAUGUAUAUCCAGCAGAUUUCAAAGACAAUCCAUUCCCGCCCUCUAAAUAUAUGGGAAGAAUAUUUUGCGAUUCUCUGGUCCACAGCGAAGGAGCACUCAAUCUGGCGCUCAAUACUUUCGGAGAAGAUUCGAUAUUUCUUGGAAGUGAUUAUCCCUUUCUGUUGGGCGAACACAUCCCGGGCUUAAUGAUAGAGAAAAGUCAACAUUUGAGCGAUUGCUUGAAAAAGAAACUCUUGAGUGAAAAUGUUUGUAAAUUCCUCGACAUUGAUGUCAAUCGAUAUUCUAUCUGAACAUUGAAUGCAAAGUCCUC